AUGUCACGUGAUGAAAGGGAGGAUGCUAAGAUACUGAGAAGUGCAGAUCAACCAGUAUACAAGGUGAAGUGUGUUACUGGGAGUCAAGUAUGCUGGCUUGAUCGCCAUCACGUCCUAGUUCCCUGUGCUCAAUCCAACAUCACAACCUUUGUUACUGAGUCUUCUUGUAUGCCAAAAAAAAAUUGCAAGAAGGUGGUGAGGGAGUUGUCAGAUAUAGAAGAGCAACCUCUUCAAUCAGACACGCGAAAUGAAGACACAAAGGUGCUCCUUAGGUCGCUGGCAAGCCUUUACCGCGAUCCAAAGUACAGUGAUUUGACAAUCGUUUGUGGCACCAAGACAUUUGCAGUUCAUCGAUGUAUAAUCUGCCCUCGUUCAGUAUUCUUUGCCAAAGCAUGCGAUGGUGGAUUUCAGAUACAAGCUGAUGUUGAGUUUGCACCCGGAAAGGAGACAUCCUCCAGAGAGAUUCAGCUGCCUGAUGACAAUCCAAUUGUCGUUAAGAAGAUGAUACAAUACCUGUACACUCUUGACUAUUCUGUGACAGAUGAAUUGGACACCAAGAGCACGGCUGCCGAUGCAAAGGAUGAUGAGAUACCUAUGGACGGUACUGUGGAUGAAGCAGCUGAGAGGAAUGCCGAGGAUACACUUCAGAACAUAGCAGAUUUUCCAGAAGAUGGAAACAUUGCUGAAAGUUCAGAAGUGCCCCUCAAUCAGGUAGCCGAAAAUCAGGCUGAGGCCCCGGUCUCCGAUCCUCUUUUCUUUCAUAUAUGGAUGUAUGCCCUUGCUGACCGCCUCCUCAUUGACGGGCUAAAAGUCCUUGCAAAGAGAUACUUUCAUGAGACAUUUCUACAUCAGCUGGACUAUGGUUCUUUCUGCCGUGCAGUCGAAGAAGUAUAUUGUUCAACACCGCCUCAUGAACGGGGACUGCGGGACUUGGUGGUCAACAUCACCCUGGAUCACUUGACAACACUGAGAAACUCAGGAGCCCUAUCUGAUGAUCUCUUGAAUCGGAUACCUGACUUUGCAUGUGAUCUUUGCAUCGCAAUAAUAAACAAAACCGUUCCGCCACUAUCGGGUGCCUGGGGUCAACCCCUUCAAUCAAGCUUCAAGUUUUAG